GGCAAUUUUAUGGCGGGAAUUUAGUGUGCGUUGUGUGGUGAAAAUAGUUCCGCUGUCAAAAGGAGGGAGCGUUGGAUGAAUUGUGUCUUAUCAAGACGAUUGUGUAUAUAAUUGGUUUAGAGACUGAGGGUCCGAAGAGGAAACGUCAAAUUACUUGCCCAGAAAGCAGUUGAUUAUUGACGAUGGGGCGUAAAACAUCAAAAGGAAAGGAAAAAAGGCUGCAGCAGAGAGAGGAAGCUCUUCAGAUAGCUGCUGCCAAAGCUGUAGUUGACAAAGCAAAUGCUCAAGAAGAUCCUCUAGCACCAUUUCCUGCCUUCAGAAAUUUCAGCAAAAAUGGAGUUGAGGCAACACUUUCUUGUGUUAAAAGUGAAAACAUUGACAACGAUACGUGGAAUUGGAUUUUUAAUUUACUGGAGUGCAAUAUGAAACCGUUGUACAACUCUUGCAGUUGGGGUUGGAAUGAGAAAGUAAAGAAAGAAGAACUGACUGAUGAACGAGCAUUAUAUCUUGUAGCAAGGGAUAAGGAGGGCAAAGCAUUAGCAUUCUCGCAUUUCCGAUUCGAUUUAGAUUAUGGGGUAGAAGUUUUGUAUUGCUAUGAAUUGCAGCUGGAAGCCGCGGUUCGGAGAAAAGGUCUGGGGAAAUUUAUGAUGCAGGUAUUGGAACUGAUGGGAUUUUCAGCCAAAAUGAAAAAAGUUGUGCUGACUGUCCUGAAGCAUAACCCAGAUGCAAUGAAUUUCUUCACCGCCCUGAGGUAUUCACUGGAUGAAACCUCUCCAGAAGACAACUUUUAUGAAGAGUUUCCAUAUGUAAUUCUCAGUAAACCAAAUAAGAAGCUACUGUCAUCAGUGUAAUGGAUUGCUGAAAAUUACUGAAAAUAUUGACUAUUGUGUUUAUCACAAAUAUAUUGACAUUUUAUUCAAGUAAUAUUUUAUCAUUAUAUUAUCGCGUCAAAACUGCCUUGAGUUAAAUAAGACUGCCCUUGCAGCAAGUGCCAAACUUUCAAGUUGGGUUGUCUGCAACAAUCCUGGAGAUCAAUCCAUGCCAAGGAUCAGUGUCUGUAAAAUUAACUUUUGGAGAAAGGUCAUGGAAGCUGCUGUAUUAGGAACUCAAUUUCCAUUGCCGACUGAGUGUAGAAUAGUUUCCGAACUGUGUUAACAAAAUCAGUUUGCAUCUGUUUGCUCGCGUUCUGUAGAUCACUUCAAGGAAGACGAUCUUCAAGGGUAUGGAACAAGUCAAAGUAUACAUUAACAAAAACAGAGAGAUCAUAUACAAGGAAUGUUCAGAAAGUAAGUGUACUGUGAGCAUAUCUGGCUGUGGGUGUUAUUUUUUAAGAGUUUGCAAUAAUGCUUGUUAGAAGGGAUGCCUGACCAGAGCGAACAUUGCAGGAACACAGUAGUAUUUAAACUCGUGAAAAAUUUCAGUAACAGAUCCCACCAUGUGCUGUGAUCAGCUCCCUACUCGUGGAAGGAACACCACCUACUGAAUUUUUCCCAAAUCUAAAUGGUUUACAGUGAAAGUGUUGUGAACAGGACAAGGGUGUUUAAUUCUUGUAGGGAAUUUAGUGGAGGCUGAACAAACAGUCAUAAUGAACAGAGGAGUGGAAGACUUUCCAUUUUUAAGGAGUUGGUACAAAAAAUAAAGGAUGCUGUUUGUGAAGACUACUAAUUGUCAGUGGGUGAAAUUUCUGCCAUGUUUCCACAACUCUCCAGAUCUCUUACAUGAGAAACACUGAGAUACUGGAAACUGUGCUCAAGAUGGGUCCCAAAACAGAUGACUAGAGCAGCAUGAGAUAAAUUGGGCAAUCCACCUGCUUUGUUACAAAAUGAAACUUGUGGGGCUCAUUACACGCCACAGACAGAAAGACAGUUAUCACAACAGUGCCACACUAAAUCCACAUCUGCCAAAA